AGAGGAGUCAGGAGUAGCGGUCACUGUAUAUAGCUAGCUACUGCGCUUUUAAAUGGGAGUGGAGAGUUCACUGACAGCUGUUGGUAGAAGCACACAGGCAGCCACUCAGCUACUGGUGAUGGAUCCAAUAUCGGACAACACUCAACACUUCCUAACUUUCAAGAUAUACCAGAAAUGUGUCCGAGGAGGAAGUCAAAUUGAACGUCACUGUAUUUCCAGACGGCAGGCUUAACUGUACCGUUGGCGUUAACCUUGAUGUAACGUUAGCUUACAUUACAGGGACUUCACUCAACACUCAGGUCAACAUAAAGAUAUUACUGCAUCGUGUGCCAAGCCGACGCCAUCUCACAUUUGAGAGCCUGAGGUCAGAACUGGACAUACAGAAGCAGAAGUGAAGGAACUGCCCAUCAAUGGCCAACCCCACCCCUCAGCUUGAUGUACUGUGACAGAGAAGUGAGUAGACCAGAAACACUGUAGCUGAUUGCCAUGGAGGACACUCAGCCCAAACCUGCUACCCCAGAGCCGAGCCCUGCACCCAGUCCUGCUCCUAGUCCAGCACCCAGUCCUGUGCCUGCGGCAAACCAUGUUGAGCACUUAAGUGUGAACCAGAUCCAGGUGGUGGUACGGCGCUGCUCCAGUCCAAAUGUUACAGAGGAGACCACCUAUUUCAUUCCUCGAAACCCUGUGGUGGAUGCCGGCACAAACACAGACCCACCAGUGGUCUGCUGCCCCUUGCUCCGCAGGUUUUGCCCUUGUCCACCAAGAGGCCUCCUGGCCUCUCUCAUUACCAAAGUCCUUUUGGCAGCUGUGCUCUUUGGAGUGGUUUGGUCUAUCACAGAGGACGAAUGUCUUCCAGGGGGAAACCUGUUUGGCAUCAUAAUACUCUUCAUCUGUGCACUUGUCGGUGGCAAAUUGGUGGCUCUCAUCCGUCUGCCUAAACUUCCACCAUUCCCACCACUCCUCGGUAUGCUUCUGAUGGGCUUCAUGCUGAGGAACACCCCACAAAUAAAGAAGGGGGUGAAGAUUGACUUCAAAUGGUCUGCAUCACUUAGGAACAUCGCCCUGGCUGUCAUUCUGGCCAGAGCCGGUCUCGGGUUGGAUCCCACGGCUCUGAAGAAACUUAAGUCCGUGUGUCUACGUGUGGCAGUUGGGCCAUGUGUGAUAGAGGCUUGCACCACAGCUCUGGUCUCGCACUUCCUCAUGGACUUGCCCUGGGUGUGGGGCUUCAUCCUUGGCUUUGUGCUGGGCGCUGUGUCUCCAGCAGUGGUUGUUCCCUCUAUGCUGCUGCUGCAGAAGGACGGAUACGGCCUGGAGCAGGGCAUCCCCACCUUGCUGAUGGCUGCUGGCAGCUUUGAUGACAUUCUUGCCAUUACUGGUUUCACCACAUGCUUGGGCAUGGCCUUUGCCACAGGCUCCACUUGGUACAACCUCCUUAGAGGGGUACUGGAGGUGGCUGGUGGGAUGGUUGCUGGUAUUCUUCUUGGCUUCCUCAUCCAGUACUUUCCUAGUGGUGACCAGAAACACUUAGUGAUUAAGCGUUCCUUCUUGGUGCUGGGUCUCUCCGUCUUUGCUGUGUUCGGCAGCAGUGUGGCUAGAUUUCCUGGCUCUGGAGGCCUCUGCACCCUGGUGUUGGCAUUUCUGGCCGGGCUUGGCUGGGGGACAGAAAAGGCACAUGUGGAGGAAGUGGUAGGGUGGGCAUGGGACGUGUUUCAGCCUUUACUCUUUGGACUCAUAGGAGCAGAAAUUCAAAUCUCUGAACUGGAGGGACGCACAGUUGGUCUGGGUAUAGCAUCUCUGCUCAUUGCCCUCCUGGUUCGAAUCCUGUUCACCUUUGUGUGUGUGUUGUGUGCGGGCUUUAACAUGAGGGAGAAAGUGUUCAUAGCCCUGGCGUGGAUGCCCAAAGCCACAGUGCAGGCAGCUAUAGGCUCCACAGCUUUAGACAUGGCCAGAACAAAGGAAGACAAGCAGCUGCAGAAGUACGGCAUGGAUGUACUGACAGUAGCCGUGAUGGCCAUCCUUCUCACAGCCCCUGUAGGAGCUCUUAUUAUAGGGCUCUCUGGACCUCUCCUGUUACAGAGACCGAAGAACUCAGCCUGUGGUGAGCGAGUCAAACCCAAUUUAUCAGCUUUUUUCUUAGGCACUGCAGCAGGAGGUGAAGAUGAUAGUGAAACUCCCAUCACCUAUGAAAGUACUCUCUGACACCACCUGUCUUCAUCCAGCAAGCGAGGACAUUUAAUGAGACUUUCGGUGUGCAUUCACACCUCGGAUAUUUGAGCUUUCUUUUAGCCACCGAGUGGCUCUCUUUGUCUCUCCAUCUGCUGGUCAGCUCCUCAUGCUUUGCCAUGCUGCAGGAACACAUGAAUCAUACUGUAUUUAUAGGCUCUGGUGGUUUCCAGGUCAGGUCUCAGGCUGCAAACAAAUGACCCACAUCCAAGCAUCUGCACUGUCAUGCUGUAUGUACAGUAUACAAGGGGUGGUUUUGGUUUUAAUCCCAAAUGAACGUUUAUAUAUGCAUCUAUAUAUAAUAUAAUAUAUAUAUAUAUAUCAGUGCGGGUGAGUAUGGUUUACAUUUUUGUUAAGGUGGCUAUUCUUCCUACCUGUCAUAUUCAUUGAAUCCUAUAUUUGGCCAUUUCCCAUUUUUUAUGACAUCUCUUUAAGCUAUUCACUUUAUCUGGACUUGAAAAGGUGAUAAUGCCGUAUUUUAUCAUAAGCCAUUUCCUUUGGAGGGGUACGUAAUUGAAUGUACUGACAGUAGCCGUUUUUUUUUUUUUGGUUUUUUUGUAUUAAAUUAGACUACACAUUUACCACAUUGAAGUUUUUAGUUGUUUUGCACUCAGUACAUUUUUGCAGCUAUGUGUUUUGUGUAUUAUGCGUAUUUUUUAUUACAAUAUGUAUUAGCUGUUUGUCUUGAUAAUGAGAAACAACUAUUAGCAAUUAUUUGAGAUUUUACAGCAUUGAGUAAUAGUUUUUCACCAGAUAUUGUUAAAACAAUAAAAAAGAAUACCAAGAA